CAUCUCCAGCACAAGAGUUUAUCACAGUCAUAAGCAGCAGAUCAUUGUCUCUGGAGCCGUUCAGCCGCUGUGUGACUUUUGUUAAACCUUAAAUAAAACACACUUCUUUUCCCCGUGUGUUUCUCUGUGGAUUUGUUUUUAAGUUGGAACCCGUGUGGACGUCUCUCUUCUGAAACGCAGUCAUGAUCAGCCGCAACUUCAAGAACGUGCUGGUGGUGUCGGUGGGGUUUCUGUUCCUGUUCACGGCGUACGGAGGCCUGCAGAGUUUACAGAGCAGUCUGAAUGCGGAGGACGGGAUGGGCGUGGCCUCUCUGAGCGUCAUCUACGCCUCCAUCAUCGUCUCCUCCAUGUUCCUGCCGCCAAUCAUGAUCAAGAACCUGGGCUGUAAAUGGACCAUCGUCGCCGGGAUGGUCUGCUACGUCUCCUACUCCUUCGGAAACCUCUACCCAGGAUGGUACACCCUCAUUCCCACCUCUGUGAUCCUGGGUUUGGGGGGCUCCCCCCUGUGGUCGGCCAAAUGCACGUACCUGAGCAUCGCCGGGAACGCUCAGGCCACCAAGGACGGCGAGAAGGGCCCCGACGUCAUCAACCAAUACUUCGGGAUCUUCUUCUUCAUCUUCCAGUCGUCGGCCGUGUGGGGAAACCUCAUGUCGUCGCUCAUCUUCGGACAGGACCUGAACGUCGCGAACAUCCCAGAGGAUCAGCUGAUUUACUGCGGCACGGCCGACUGUGGCCUCAACGUCAGCGCCAGCAACAGCACCACCACCAGGCCGGCUCAGGAACUGGUGUGGACACUCGUCGGAAGCUACAUCGGUGUGGGUGUUGUGGCCAUCCUCAUCAUCUCAGUGUUCCUGGACAACAUCGACGGGAAGCAGGCUAGCGAGUUCCGCGGCAGCCACGAGCCGUUCGGCCGAACCUUCCUGGCCACGUUCCGGCUGCUGAAGGACUGGAGGCUGGUGACGCUCAUCCCGCUCACCAUGUACAGCGGCUUCGAGCAGAGCUUCCUGUCGGGGGAGUACACCAAGAACUACGUGACGUGCGCCCUGGGGAUCCACUACGUCGGCUUCGUGAUGAUGUGCUUCGGCGCCACCAACUCCUUGUGCUCCUUCAUCUUCGGCCGCCUGGCUCGCUACACGGGACGAGCCGCUCUCUUCCUCCUCGCCGCGUUGACGAACUUCGGCUGCAUCAUCGCUCUGCUGAUGUGGAAGCCGCAUCCGGACGAGCUAGCCGUGUUCUUCGUGUUUCCGGCUCUGUGGGGAAUGUCCGACGCCGUCUGGCAAACUCAGACCAACGCGCUCUACGGCGUCCUCUUCUCGGCCGACAAAGAGGCGGCGUUCGCCAACUACCGCAUGUGGGAGUCUCUGGGUUUCGUCAUCGCCUUCGCCUACAGCACCUUCCUGUGUCUGGAGAUCAAACUGUACAUCCUGCUGGCCAUGCUGCUGCUGACCGCCGUCACCUACCCCAUCGUGGAGUACCACGCCUACAAGAACCCACCGCCGGACGCCAAAGACGCCAUCGGGACACACGGAGACACCGUCCAGACAGAGGACAAAUUCAUCAUCUGUCAGACAAAAGUCUAGAGACAAGUGUCUCAUGCUUUUACUCAUCAAACAUUAUCGUCACAUUUCUCGAGCAACAACACGGACGAGAUGAAUGUUUGCCGGGAGAGAUAUUGUGAAUUAUGAGCAUCGUACUAAAUCUGUGAAGACGAACUGAGGAAGUUUGUGAGAAGAUCGGAACUUUGAUAGUUUACGAUAAAUGUGCAGAAAAAGAAAAACAUGAUUCUGGAUGUGACUCCGUUGUUUCACAUCUUCAUAAAUGUCAUCGUGCUGUAAAUGAAAU